AUAGAGAGACGGCGGCAUGAGGAGGAGAGCGGAGGUAUUGCAGAGGUGACUCCAUGCAGGCCCCGGUCUCUGCCAACCCAUGGAUCCUCUGGGUGCCCGCUCCUGUUUCGUAGAUGUGGACGCCUUGACGUCCUGGGCGCACCAGCCGGAUGGGAUCGAUGUUCCCGAUUCCUCUUUGUGCCACGAGGACACCGCAGACGGCGUUGUCCGAUCACCGUUCACCCUCCGAGAGGACCUCAAUCACAAGGUGAUAUUAUGGAAGGGCGACGUGGCCUUGCUGAACUGCACAGCCGUGGUAAACACCAGCAACGAGACCCUCACCGACAAGAACCCGGUGUCUGAUAGCAUCUUCCGCUACGCCGGCCCGGAGCUGCAGGAGGAGAUGCGAAAGCUGAAAGGUUGCAGGACGGGCGAGGCUAAGCUCACAAAGGGUUUUAAUUUGGCUGCCCGUUACAUCGUCCACACCGUGGGUCCUAAAUACAAGAACAAGUACCGUACGGCGGCGGAGAGCUCUCUGCACAGCUGUUACCGGAACGUCCUCCAGCUGGCAAAGGAGCAGUCCAUGUCCUCUGUGGGGUUCUGUGUGGUCAGCACUCAGAGGAGAUGUUACCCGCUGGAAGAUGCCACUCAUAUCGCCCUGCGUACAGUACGAAGGUUCCUGGAGUCGCAUGGAUCCGCUCUAGAGAGAGUGGUGUUUGCAAUCACGGAGCAGGAAGAGGCCACUUACCUGCGGCUUCUGCCCCUGUACUUUCCCCGCUCGCUGUGGGAGGAGCAGAGCUCGCUGCCACUCCUACCACCAGACAUCGGCAAUGCUGAUGGCGAGCCCAUCGUGCCAGAGCGACAGAUUCGAAUUAGCGAGAAACCCGGUGCACAUGACGAAGAUGACACAGAUGAAGACGAGGGGCUGGAUCAUGACUUGUCCCUCAUUGGCUCACACGCCUUUGCACGCAUGGAAGGGGACAUAGACAAAGAGCGCCGGCUUGCACUCCAGGGGCAGCAGUCAGGGGCCACCCUGCAGAAGCAGCAUCAGAGGAAUUAUAACCGCUGGCUGUCUCGGGCGAGGACUGAGGACCUGUCUGACAUCGCUGCACUCAAAGCUUUAUACCAGUCUGGAGUGGAUAACUGCGGUCGGACGGUCAUUGUGGUGGUGGGAAGGAAUAUUCCGGUCUUAUUAAUAGACAUGGAGAAGGCUCUCCUGUAUUUCAUCCAUAUGAUGGAUCACGUGGCGGCCAAGGAUUACAUCCUGGUGUAUUUCCACACUCUGACCGGAGAACACAACCACCUGGAGUCCGACUUCCUCAAGAACGUCUACGAUGUGGUAGAUGCCAAGUACAAAAAGAAUUUGAAGGCUCUGUACUUUGUCCAUCCAACAUUUCGCUCCAAGGUCUCCACCUGGUUCUUCACCACCUUCACCGUGUCCGGACUGAAGGACCGAGUCCACCAAGUGGAAAGCCUGCACCAGCUCUUUACCGCCAUCCCGCCUGACCAGAUUGAAAUUCCGCCAUUCGUCCUGAACUACGACGCUCGGGAAAAUGGACCUUUCUUACCAUCACACUCUUCCUUCUCAGGCCUUUAAGCCCUUGGCCCCCCUCUCUCCUCCAUCUACUGGCCCCUGUGGACGGCCCUCUUUUGGAGGAUCC